CCUCUAACCUAAACCCCUAAAUCCAUUAAAAACCAAAACCCUAAACCCCAACUUCAUCUCCCUCCCUUAGUCAGUCUCGCGCGGCAGCUAUACCCUCCCUCUGCUCUGCGGCCAACUCCGGCGUCCCUCUCCACUCCGGUCCCUGCUACUCCGUCACUUCAUUCCCACCUGCGUCCGCCUUUGUUCCGAACAUUUCGAAUAAUUUUAAGGCAGAAUGGGGAAAAUGGAAAAAAGCUACAAGAAGCUGAAGGGAAGCGCAAGCUUCAGACAAAGGCUGCUUCUCUCCACUCUAUCUUCAACUCCCAUUAUCAUAGAAGACAUACGCCCCAGCAAAACAGACCCUGGUCUUCGCAAACAUGAGGUUUCACUCCUCCGAUUAUUUGAUACUGUCUGUGAUGGCUGCAGUGUUGUAAUCAACGAAACUGGUACUAAAUUGAAGUACAAACCGGGAAUCAUUAUGGGUGGCAGAAUAAAUUAUCCACACGAUUGUGGUGUUUCUCGAUCCAUUGGUUAUUUUCUUGAACCGCUCAUUGUGUUGUGUUUGUUUGCCAAGGAACCCCUCACCAUUACCCUCAAAGGAGUUACAAAUGAUUCUAAAGAUCCAUCAAUUGAUACCUUCAAGUCUGCUGCUUUUCACAUACUAAAGCGCUUUGGAGUGGAUUUUGAAGCCUUGAGUCUUAAAAUAGAGAGCCGCGGACUACCUCCUAAUGGUGGUGGGGAAGUUGUUUUGUCGCUUCCUAUUGUUCAGAGUCUAACUGCAGUUAAUUGGAUCGAUGAGGGUUUUGUUAAGAAGAUUCGGGGAGUUACGUUUUCAACCAAAGUAUCUUCUCAGUUUGAAAGUAGCAUGAUUAGAGCUGCACGUGGAAUCAUCAAUCCACUAGUUUCCGAUGUGCACAUUUUUACUGAUCACAGAUCAGGUCCACCAGCUGGAAACUCUCCCGGAUAUGGAAUUUCACUAGUUGCAGAGACUACUUCUGGUUGCUACAUCUCUGUCGAUACUGCCGCUUACCAUGGUAAGGAUGAAGAUACGUCUGGCUUUGCAGAUGAUGUGAAAAAGGAUCUGAUGCCUCCAGAGGAUAUUGGUGAGGGGAUUGCUAAUGUUUUACUAGGGGAGAUAGCUCAAUCUGGAGUGGUAGAUUCAACAUAUCAGGGUUUGCUAUUUCUUCUUUGUGCUCUAUGUCCUCAAGAUAUUUCCAAGAUUCGCAUUGGCAAGCUUUCUCAAUAUGGGAUUGAAACUCUUAGAAACAUAAGGGAUUUUCUUGAUGUGAAGUUUGAUAUCAAACCAGAUCCGGAUACACAGUCAGUUAUUCUCAAAUGUAUCGGGUGUGGCAUGAAGAAUCUUUCGCGAAAGGUCACAUAAAGACAGAAUGAGUUUGUUCACCAAUUUUGUAUGUUAUUAUGUAUAAUUUUGACAUUAUUUCAAUAUUUUUCUUUGGAUAGAUAAUUUUUUUUGAGCAAUGGAUAGACCAACCUGGCAAUCCGUUUUGUGCAAUUUAUAGUAUAAUAUGAUUGCAACUAUUUACUUUGCA